UAUCUCCGUCAAAACCAUGCAUCCAGAGAGCGGCAACCGGUAAUAUCGGUAAAAGAGAUAAAGUUCAAAAUUCCAACUAUCAUCUUGCAAAAAAAAAAAUCAACGAUACUCACUUCACGACACUCGCCAAGGCUAAUAAUAUGACAA